CUAACAUCAUUCGCUAACCAGCAGAGAAGUUGAAACUGCAGAGGCAUUAUCGAACGCAACAUGAGAGUUUACCACUUGCUGCUGAUUGGAUUAGUUUUGGCGGCUAUCGCCGGCGGUCGUGAGGCUCUGGCACAUCCGCCCAGGGCCGAAGAGCCACCGUGUACUCCUCCCCCGGAUCCGUGCACAACAACAACAUGCCCACCACCACCGCCGUGCACCACAACAACAUGUCCACCACCAGAACCUCCACCGUGUACAACAACAACAUGUCCACCACCAGAUCCACCACCGUGCACCACAACAACAUGCCCACCACCACCUCCGUGCAUCACAACAACAUGCCCACCACCACCUCCGUGCAUCACAACAACAUGCCCACCACCACCUCCGUGCAGAACAACAACAUGCACCCCACCUCCAUGCACCAGGACACCACCUCCGUGCACCAGAACACCACCGCCGUGCACCAGAACACCACCUCCGUGCACCACCACUCCUCCCUGCACCCCACCGUGCACCACCACUUCUACCUGCACCCCACCGUGCACCACCACCAAGAGCAACAACGGUGAGGCAGGUAACAACGAUAAUGCUGGAAUCAUCGCGGAUCCAGUAGCUAUUGCCCAGGUGCUGAUCUCGCGCCACGAUUGCCGUGGCCAGGAGGACGGAACCUUCCUCGCCGACGUGCGUCACUGUCGCCGCUACUACGUGUGCAACCGUCAGAGGUCGAAGCGCCAGAACUGCCCCAACGGCUACUGGUUCGAUCGCGAGCUGAAGGCCUGCCGACUGGCCAGUACCGUCAACAACUGUGACGCCAGGCGCAACUGAGGUUGCUGCUGCCAAUGUGGCCAUGUGCACAAGCAAAGCAAAUUGGCAUUUCAGAAUUUUUUUUUCACUAUUUCAAAGAACAUAGAAGCAAAGCAAGUGUGAAUUAAUUGUAAACUAUUCCAAAGCAAUAAAGAAAAUAUUUCACCGAUUAUACAAUAAAUAAGAGUGAGCAUUCAUA